AUGGGCCCACAUCAUCCAGCGUCCGAAACAGCGGGCCAAAGGGCUCAGGUUCACGAUGUCGAUGGCCUAUCAAUCGGUCCGAAAGAAGUAUUAGACCGGGGGUCGCCGUCGUCUUUCAAGGAGCAAAGCAAUUCCACCAAGAAGGAGAAUGUUAUUCGCUUCGCCCCGCUCUCGAUUCCACGCAGUCGUCGGCUACAAACUCUCGGCGUCCUUUUCUGGGCUCUCCUCCUGCCUAUCUGUAUAAGCCUCUUCUUUCUCCUCCUAUCGAUGCCCCUCACCUGGCCUAUUCUGAUACCAUACCUAAUCUGGAUCUUGUUCAUCGACACUGCUCCCGAAAAUGGCGGCCGUCGCUUCUCGUGGGUCCGUAAACUUGCCGUCUUUCGGUACUUUGCCGAGUACUUUCCGAUCUCUAUGAUCAAGACGACCAACCUACCAGCCGAUCGCCCUUACAUCUUUGGAUGUCACCCACACGGUAUCCUCGGUGUUGCUGCAGUUGCCAACCUAGCGACUGAUGCUACUGAGUUCUCCGAAAGCUUCCCCGGCAUCACACCCCACCUUUUGACGCUGGCGACAAACUUUACGAUUCCACUCUUUAGAGACUGCUUGAUGGCCAUGGGUAUUUGUAGUGUCUCGAAGCGAAGCUGCGAGGCUAUCUUGAAGAAAGGAAAGGGAAGUGCAAUUGCAAUCGUCGUGGGAGGUGCCAGUGAGAGUCUGGCAGCGCAUCCAGGCACAGCAGAUUUGACACUCAGGAGGAGGCUGGGUUUCAUCAAGAUCGCCAUCAGGAAUGGAGCCGACCUAGUACCCGUCUUUUCAUUUGGCGAGAACGACGUCUAUGAGCAGCUGUCAAACGAGCAAGGGACGAGGAUCUAUGCGCUACAAAAAAAGUUCCAGGCGCUCUUCGGCUUCACUUUGCCUUUCUUCCACGGUAGAGGGCUGUUCAACUACAGUAUCGGGCUGAUGCCCUACAGGCACCCCAUUGUUAGCGUUGUCGGCAAGCCAAUACACGUCAAGCAGAACUCCAAUCCAACGAAAGAAGAGCUCGAGCGUGUCCAGACUUUGUACAUCCAAGAACUUAUCAAUAUCUGGGACACAUGGAAAGACGCAUACGCAGCUAAUCGUACAAAGGAGCUCGCCAUUGUAGCCUAG